AUGGAGCUGACUUCACCAUAUGCACAUGAAAGUGUGCCUAACUGGCAGGACUUGAACGGCCUACAUCAGACUGAAGGCGAUGAAGCGCCAUCACUCAGCCUGGACUUCACCUUUACUUCAACAAAGUCCAUUGUUCCAUCACCCAUACUCUUAUUAUUCCUUCUACCCUUUUCACUUUCACUCAUUGUCUUCAUUCGAACAAGAGGGUUGCUUUUCCGUUACAGCUCCUUUGCCGAGAAGAGCUGUUGGCGUGACACGCUCCAGAAGAAGCUGGCAGCUGACAAAGAGAAGAUACCCAAGCACUGGCGACUGAAGCCUGAAGUUAUCACAUGGGCAAAACGACAGCCUAAAAUUUCAGGGGAGGUGAUCGAGAAUCUGCUUGAUGAUGAGACAGGGCGCAUCACGAACAUGAAUCCGCAGGAGCUCAUUGACCAAAUGUCCCAGGGCAAGCUGAGUGCUGUCCAAGUGGUGUCUGCAUUUUGCAAACGCGCAGCCUACUGUCAUCAAAUUUGCGGCCUACUCUUAGAAAUUGGUUUCGACCUGGCAAUGAGCCAAGCUAGAGACUGUGACGAGUAUUUCAAAACGCAUGGAAAACUAAUCGGAGAGUUGCACGGACUUCCAUUUACGAUGAAAGAUCAAUUUCACAUCGAAGGGAUGGCUACUAGUGCCGGUUAUAUAGGAUGGAUUGGCACCUUUGAAGGCAAAUCAGAUUCUGAAAAGUACAUGAAGUUUGAGAGUUUGCUUGUGGAACAGCUCAAGUCAUUGGGGGCUAUCCCUAUCGGCAAGACAACACUCGCAACUGGAACUUGGUCCGCUGUUAAUAACAACAAUAUUCUUGGGUGCGCUGUUAACCCGCACAACCGGCAAUUGUCAACAGGCGGAUCUUCAGGAGGUGAAGCUGCAAUUCAGGCGUUGAGAGGGAGUUGUUUCGGUUUCGGAACGGAUGUCGGGGGCUCAGUGUCUAUACCAGCGGCCUACCAGGGAGUCUACAGUCUGAAGCCAUCUACGGGUCGCAUCUCCUUCCAGGGUGGUGUCAAAAUAAGCCCUGGACAAGUGGCAAUGCCGGCCGUCAUAGGUAUCAUGGGCCCCUCUCUCGACGUUCUCCAAUCGGUUUUCAAAUCAACAUUAUCCACCAGUCCAUGGAUCCGCGACCAGGCCGUGAGUAGGAUGCCGUGGCAAAGUUUGUAUGAUGGCCAAUUGUCGAAGCGCGCUCAUCUUGCAUUUGGAUUCCUUGAAAAUGACGGGAUUGUUACUCCGCAUCCUCCUAUUGCUAGAGCGAUGAGAAUUGUAAAGAAAGCAAUGGAGAUGGCCGAAAUUGAACUCGUUGGCUGGUAUCCCCCUAGCAACAGCGAGGUGGCCAAUAUCCAUGGUUCUCUCGCUCGUGGCGAUGGGUGCUUAGAUGUUUGGGAAGCCCUGGAAUUAUCCGGUGAGCCUUUGACACCUGAAUUAGAACUUACAUUCCCCGACAGGAGAGCUGCGCCUCCAAUGUCCGUUGUUGAUUACCAGUCGUUUGUGGUUCGGAUGGCCGCCUUUCGGGAGAAGUGGAACGAUUAUUGGGAAUCAUCAUUCGAAAGAACGAAAAAUGGUCAUCCAGUUGAAGCGAUAAUAUCACCUGUAACACCGCACGCGGGAAUCAAAAGAGUUCAAACCAAAUACUCUGCGUAUGCAACUUCAUUGAAUGUUCUGGAUUAUCCCAGUAUUGGGAUCCCAAUUACCGUUUCAGAUCAGCACAUCGACGAGAUAGAUGCAAUGUUCACGCCUCUCACCUCAAAGGACGCGGAAGUAAUGCAGACGUAUGACCCUGCAGAAUUCCAUGGCUCUCCUAUCAGCAUCCAGUUGAUCGGAAGGAGGCAAGACGAGGAGAGUUUGUUUGCGAUGGCAAAAAUCGUGCAGGGUGCUGUGAAUAAUCUAGAAAACGCUGGGGUUGAUUUUCUCCAUUGCUAG